CUCUCUUUCUUCUUUCUUUCAUCGCCAGAGCGAAGGAAAAAAGAAAAUCAAAAUGACUCGCCUGACUCCAACUUAUGAAGGAGUUAUUUCUGUUCAUCCGAUUACAACAAACCAUGAUACGAUGCGACUUGCUGUUGAACGCCAUGAAUUUCCCCCACCAUCUGGCUCUUCCGCCACCGCAAGAAUUGCGUUUCUGUGGUCCCAUGGAUCGGGUUUUCACAAAGAAUUGUUGCAUCCACUCAUGCGACGAUUUAUCGAACGAUUACGUUCUAAAUCCGUGUAUGAGAGCACUCAUAUUGACUUUAUAGCCUGGGACAAUAGAACCCAUGGCGACUCGGCUAGAUUGAACCACGAGUAUCUGGACCAGUAUAAAGUGCUUUGGUUUGACCUCGCUAUGGAUACGCUACAAGUCAUCCGGAAAAUGGCUUUGGGUAAAGAAGGUUAUGAUAAGUUGAUAGGCGUCGCACAUAGCAUUGGUGCUAGUACAAUGCUGCUCGCAGAGUUUAUUCAACCCAAUAUUUUUGACGGUAUUUGCAUUAUGGAACCAGUGAUACGGAAUUGGGCACUCGGACCUGCAGAAGUCGGACGAUACCCUUUGAUUACCAGUACUUUAAAAAGACAGGAUACUUGGCCAGAUCGAGAAGCAUGCAGGAAGACAUUGCGCAAAAAUCCGGUUUGGAGAAAGCUGCAUCCUGAAGCGCUUGAAAAUUAUGUGAAUUACGGAUUGUAUGACACGGAUGAAGGCAAAGUAAAGCUCAAAUGUCCCAAAAAACAAGAGAGUUUGCUAAGUCAAGGAGCUACUUAUGACGCCUACACGAGCUGUAUGUCGCUUAAAAUGGUUUCGAUCCCGGUCCAUGCAGUGCUUUGUAAACAGCCAAUGAUAGAUGUAACUGCGAGGUCCCAUCCUGAAGAUAUAGGAGCACAAUCAGCUAUGGUGACAGUAUGCGUGAUUGACGGAUGGCAUACACUGCCUGCAGAAGAUCCGGAUCGAUUAGUACCAGAAAUCGAGAGGUUGACGGAAGUCGUGUUGUGCAACAAGGAAAACGACAAGAAAAACUUUAGGGAAUCUCGACUCUGA